UCCAUCGAGAACUUAUAAUGUGCCAUAGCCUAUCCUUGCUUUAUCGAGUGCACCAUGCCACCAAGUACAACGAAGCAGCUAGCCCACACAGGCCGAAUGAGGGAGAAAUCAGAAAAAAGAAAGGGGUAAAAUCCAGCCUCGGUCUCCUAGCACGCACCGGCUGGCUCCCAUAUAUACGCGCUCCUUUGCCCCUCUUCGUUCUCCCCUGUUACAACCAACGCUCAAACUCCAGGCGAGCUCGAGCUCAGGCGUCCGCCAAGAAACACCUGCUCGCGAGAACUGAAGAGCGCGGCAGAGCAGUAGGAGGAGGAAGAGCAGGCAUGGGGAGGUCGCCGUGCUGCGAGAAGGCGCACACCAACAAGGGUGCGUGGACCAAGGAGGAGGACCAGCGCCUGAUCGCCUACAUCAAGGCGCGCGGCGAGGGCUGCUGGCGCUCGCUGCCCAAGGCCGCGGGGCUCCUCCGCUGCGGCAAGAGCUGCCGCCUCCGCUGGAUGAACUACCUCCGCCCGGACCUCAAGCGCGGCAACUUCACUGACGACGACGACGAGCUCAUCAUCAAGCUCCACGCACUGCUCGGCAACAAAUGGUCGUUGAUCGCGGGGCAGCUGCCCGGCCGGACGGACAACGAGAUCAAGAACUACUGGAACACGCAUAUCAGGCGCAAGCUCCUCAGCCGCGGCAUCGACCCGCAGACGCACCGCCCGCUCAGCGGCGGCAGCGCCGCCGCGGGCAGCGGGCUAACGACGUCCAGCACCGCCGGCUUCCCGUCACAGUCCCCGGCGCCCAGGCUCGCGCGCCCGGCCAUCACCGUCCCGACCAAUGUGAUGUUCGCCGCCGCCGCCGCGAGGCCAACGCCGUCGGAUGACGGCCACAGCAGCAGCGGCGGGAGCACGGACGCGCCGCGGUGCCCCGACCUGAACCUGGACCUGUCCAUGGGUCUGCCCUGCUCGCCGCCCAAGACGCCGGCCACCGCGUCGACGCCCACGUCGCAGCAGCAACGGACAACCAUUUGUCUGUGCUACCAUCUUGGCGUCCGCAGCGGCGAGGUCUGCAGCUGCAAGACCGCGUCGCCGCCGGCGUUUCGGUUUCUCAGGCCACUAGAGGAGGGCCAGUACAUAUAGGCAUGAAAGUACCGUAGGCAGACACCAGAAAAUCUGUAAAAACAACAAAAGAGAGUUUGCAAUGGAAAUGACCGAUGUGGAUGAUUAGUUUGAUUCCCCAUGGUUGCCAUUUAUUCAAAAUCGAUUGAUUUG